UAUUUUUUGUUUAGUUUCUAUUUUCACAGUUUUAAUCUAUAAUAUUUAUAUUUACAUUGUUGUCUUAUUUGUUGUUUUCAAUAAACCCUAAACACUACAUUCUAAGUGAAAAUCAUUGUGCUUCCAUCAGCUCAGUUUAGUUAAAAACAGUAUCCCUUUACAAUUGGCAUAAACAUUAAUUCUUUUGCUGCUAGUGUUUAAACAUAUCUAUGCAUGUUAGUUAAGGGCAACAUAUAUAGUGUGUGCUAGUGUAUGUGUGCAGAUUAUCAUUCAUUGCUCAGACAUACACAGAACGUUUGACUAUUGCACUAUAACAGACACUGACAUUUGAAAACACUACUAGCUGACAUUUCACAUUGCAAGGGACAAUGUCUAUGCUGCCUUUGUUAAGCCGGACUGCUCUUCGCCCAUCGUGUGUGAAGCCAUGGAACUGGCUUUGGCAAAGCAGAUGUUGGUGUACCAAGCGCUCGCCAAUGCCAAGCUGUAGGCUAUUGGGCACACAUCCCAGAAAAGAACCCAUGGAAUCCCUCAACACCCCACAGGGUGCCAAAGACUUUAUCUAUAGUCUUCAUGCCACCGAGAGGAGUUGUCUUCUAAGGGAGCUGCACAGAUUUGAGUCCAUAGCAAUUGCACAAGCUUCCCGAUAUCCUAAGACCCAGCCUUUUGCAGUCAAGAAGUCUCAGGCGGAGGCUGCUCAUGAAGACAUUGAGAAGCUCGAAGUCGAUCCACCGACAACACAACAACUAAAACACGUAUUCAUCCACAAUGCACUACCAUUUGUAGGUUUCGGCUUCUUGGACAAUGCGAUCAUGAUUGCUGCGGGAACACAAAUAGAAUUGUCCAUCGGUGUCAUUUUAGGAAUUUCUACCAUGGCAGCUGCUGCCUUAGGAAACCUUGUGUCUGACUUAGCUGGACUUGGCCUUGCAGGUUAUGUUGAGGCAAUAUCCUCAAGAUUAGGUUUACCGAUCCCAGACCUGACUCCUAAACAGGCUGACAUGUGGCAGACACGAGUCAGUGCGCACCUGGGUAAAGCAAUAGGAGUGGCCAUUGGCUGUAUUUUAGGUAUGUUCCCCCUGCUUCUCUUCUCGUGGGAUGAUGAAGAAAAAACAAAAGUUGAAAAGAAAAACUGACCUUUUGUAGCCUAAGGAAACCAUACCUCAAUCCAUUAUGCAGCCGCCAUAUUUACAUUCAGCAGAGGACUUCCACACGGAACAAACCGCAUCGAGCAUGCUGAGGACUCAUUAUCUGAUCAUGUGACUGUUAACCCUGGCUUCCAUUUUACUUUUUAUGUGUACAUGAAGAGUAAAACUUUUCUACAACCAGUUAACAGAUUUUUUUCUUUGGAGUGUUCAGGGUCAAGCGUUUAUCUAGUUAGUAUCUUCCAAAGCAGGAAAUAAUUUUGGGUGUUUUCAUUAACAAGUGAAAAUUAUUGUGAUCCACCAAUAAACUGGAGUCAUGCCUCUCUGGCCUGUCCGAUCUGAACUCUUUAACCUCCAAAUUCAUUAAGCUCUGAGUUUUAGUAAGUAGUAAUUCUCGGAUGUAAUUCACACAUCUCGUGUUAACUGUUAGGACAAGCAAUUGAUAAAUAUGUUAAGUCUCCACUAAAUUUGAAGGGAUAUUCUCCAUUCAAUUAACAAGGAACCAGUGAAAAUGUUCUGCUUCCCUGCACCCCCUUUCUUCAGCUCAGUUACCCCUGAAAUGACUUAAGUGAAUAAGCAGGAGUUUAUUUUGGGGUUUGUCUUGUGACAAGAGAGUAAAAGCCCAGAAAGUUUUGCGAAUGAUGAUUUAAUGUUCUGCUAAUGGCAUUGUAUUGCAUUUGUGUUUGGGAGGUUUAUUCACUAAAUUAAUACAUUUGACAAAUGUACACAAACACUAGACAUUUUAGGCCAAAAAGCUGAAAUGGAAACAAAUCUGUGUUGGAGAAUUUUUCAUCUCAAAAAUGUUGAUCUAAAAAUUCCAAAUUCUCCCCAAAUAGUUUUUUUUUUUAACUAUACGUGCAUGAUUGCAAAUCUUAUUUAAAUCACUUAAACACAGAAGGUCUAACAAACUACGCUAAUUUCCCCUCUUUCCCAACCGACUCACAAUCUAUACAUCGGGGUGAAAGAAAUCACAAGGGCAGCAUUCAGGUUUCAGGAAACAUAUCCUGGUUGGCAAUGAUGUGAUUUUUCGUUUAACCCCAAGCUUCCAUAAACUUUGUCUAUACUCUUUGUAGAUACUCUGUUUGCUUUUUAAUUUUCAGAACCCUCUUGUCAUUUUGAAUUCUGAGAAUAUUUCAC